AUUCAUUGUAACGGUGUUUAACCAAAACCCAGCCAAAAGUUAUUGGAGUAUAGAUCAUCCAUCAUCACAAUGUGACAAUCGGUGUACGAUCGGAAGUUUUGUUUUAUUUGCAACAUUAGAUGUUUAUGACAUAUGCUAAAGAUCUCGUUUUUUUGCGAAAAAAAAGAUACGACCGUCACCUACCAAGUACCUUCUCGAGCCUCGCAACAGCAAACGUACAUCAGCUUCAAAGAAAAGCUCAAAGUUUUCCUUUAAACUUGCCCAUUUUUGUUUCUCCUGUAAACAUUGCUUUAUUAACGUAACAAAGUAACGACUUGAUUCUAGGUAACGUAAACAGAUGGAAUGUAAAUAUGCCAUUUGGUCAGCAAAAUUUUUCGUCCUUUACAUAUUUUUGGCAACUAUAGAGGUUGAUAAGAAAUUAUAACUUGGUUUGCAAAUCCAUUGGUUCUUAUAAAAAAAUGUCUUCUUUCUUUAAGUCCCUAUUUUCCAAGCGAGAGUCUACUAAGGAAGAACCUGAGCGUGCUGGCUUAGAAAAGCAAAAGAAGAGGAAAAGCAAGAAAAAAACAAAGAAUGAACCUGGAUGCACUCAAGAAAAAUGGGAUGAAUUGGUAGAAAGUGGUGAAAAUCUGUCUGGAGUGGAUCACCCUUUUCCAGUUACUAAGGAAGAAUUGAAAAAGCAUAAUACUAAAGAAGAUUGCUGGAUUGCUGUAAGAGGAAAAGUCUAUAAUGUUACCACCUAUCUUCCAUAUCACCCGGACGGCGCAAAAAAGAUCCUCAAGCAUGCUGCCAUUGAUGCAACUGGCCAAUAUAUGAAGGCUCAUGAUUAUGUAAACGAAGAAGAAAUGCUAAAAACUUGCUUCGUUGGUCCACUAGCAGAAUAAUCUGCCCCAAAGCAUCCAUUGAAAGGUUGCAUGAAAUAUAUCGUUUACUGAUGAGAUGUGUAUGUUGAAGGGGCAAUGAAGCGGCCGCAUUCAUCAGUUUUCUCUACGAUAUUUCAUUUGGGAAAUACCACAUUAAAUGUGAAUGGGAGAGGAAUUAUUAUCUAGAGGUCGAAUUUAAAUUGAUCUGGUUUUAUGGCUGCUGCAAAGUAUAGUUGCUUGAGCACGGCCCUUUUGGUACGAAACAAGGUGCCUUUAUCAAUAUAACAGAUACCCCUUUCUAAAGCAUUCUCCUUAGAGAAGUUUUCUUGCUUUGCUUAGAAUAUAGAGUCAGAAUGGAACCGACUGAAGAUUGUUUAUUUGGCGUUAAUUUGAUAUAAAUUGUCUGCGAAAAAGACUUAGUUUAAUCUUUACAAAGCAAAUUCUUUACAUAUUCAGAAAAUAAGAAGUUCAUGCGCAUUUGCUUUUAAAUGAAUCCUAUAUUGAAUUGUCUUAUGGGACCGUCGAAAAUUUCGUCUUCAAUAGUAGGAAAUCCCCGAUAAGACUAAAGUGCCUACUUCCAUGACCAUUCAUAUUGCAUGAUCAGUGAUAAACAUAACUUUUAUUUCAUUAACUUUUUUCAAGAGUCCUAAUUUGUCGACUUCUACGGCAAAACGCUAAAUAAAAGGAUUUAAAGCCAUCAUAUUUUUCCACAAAAAGCCAUAUUUGCUUUGCGCAUCCUUGAAUGCAAAAUGUAACAACAUAAAAGAGGAUCUAUUGAGUAGGAAAUGUGCUUCAGUACAAACCUUUAAGCAAAAAAACAGGAGACUUGUCUCGUUUUUUAGCUUCGCUUAUUUUCCCCAGCUGAUGUUUUUGAGACUUCCCCAAAGACCCAGAUUCUUGUUCUGGCGCUUUAUAGAUCUUGUUUUGUCAAAAAGAAUAAUAUUUCCAUAAUCGUGUACGUCAACGUACAAGUAUUCCCAGGUG